AUGGCAAUGUUUCGCCCACCGCCGCGACAGGCGCAGGAAUUGCCAAUUUUCACCGGAGCCUACACGGAUUGGCUCCCGUUCAAGCGCGCGAUGAUAGACUCAACCCGAAUGUACAAAUUCUCAGACGCGGAGAAUUUGGCGCGCUUACGAGUCAGCCUGAAGGGAGAAGCGAAAGAAGCAGUCGCUGCGCUCCUGUACACGGCUACGAAUCCGUCCGUAAUUAUGGAUACGUUAGAGCAAUGUUUCGGUAAGCCGGAACUCAUAGUGGAACGCACCGUUAGCGAGCUUAGGCGUUUGCCGCGACCCGACGGAACGGCAACGGGUUUAAACAGCUUCGCCGUUAAGGUGCAGAAUGUCGCCUGCGUAUUAGGGAAUUUAGCCCACUGGCAAUUGUAUGAUUCCACGCUAGUACGCGACUUGGUAGAAAAGCUCGACACGUACCGGCAGACCAAGUGGUGCGAGUACGCGGACGAACACCGAAACGAAAUCGAACCCGAGAUCAUCAAGCUAUCGCGGUUUCUAAUGCGCGAAGGGGACCUGGCGAUUCGGUAUUUACACUCGGCCGCGAAAGAAACAGCGCCAGCGAGGCACGACCCUAAGCCCCGCCCACCGCGUACGCGCCGCCCCGAACGUAGGAACGUGUACACCGCCACCGCGGAAAACAAGGAGCCAAGGAAAUCGGUUUGCCUUUGUUGCGGCGGCAAUCACUCGGUCCCGCGAUGUUGGAAGUUUUUAGGCAUGACGGUGGAGGACCGUUGGAAGUGGGCCAAGGAGGCGUACGUGUGCUUCAAGUGCCUAGUGGAGAAACAUCGCCGCUUCAACUGUAGGGCGAAGUCGUGCGGAGUCGACAGUUGUGACUCCCCGCACCACGCUUUGUUGCACACGCAGCGUAAGCCGGUUUCGAAACCCGAGACACCGAAGGUCGAGACGGUUCUCAACACGUCGGUGUUGGUCAAGGAAAACAGCGGAUCGGUCUUGCUGAAGGUGUGUCCAGUUAGCGUGAUAGGGCCUAACGGGCAACGCGCAAAUACGUACGCUCUACUUGACGAGGGGUCGACCGUCACUCUGAUAGACGCGGAAAUAGCGGACCGCAUAGGGGCCGACGGGCCCACGCGAAAACUACGUAUUCACGGACUAGGGUCUAGUCAGAGCGAACCGACUAGUAAGGCCGUAGAAUUAAGUAUAUGUGGAAAGCCGGGUGAAAGUCACAAAGUUAUUGCGCGAACCGUACAUAACUUAAAAUUAGCGAGACAGACUAUAGACUCGUCGUGCUUGGAAUACGCGCACCUACGAGGUCUCGAUAGGUCGAAAGUUUGCUACAAUAACGUGAAACCAGGCAUCUUGGUAGGGGCCGAUAACUGGCACUUGAUCGUGUCGCGUCAGUUAUUGGUAGGAGGGCGCCGCGAACCGGUCGCUUCCCUCACGAGCUUGGGCUGGACGGUACACGGAACGGUACCGAAAGUUAUUAACUCGACCGCGAACGAAAACGUCUUUCAUGCAUAUACGUACCGAGCGGACAUAUCGCGCACUUGUAACGAUCUCGACGAACGGCUCGAGGAUCGUAUGAAACGACACUUCGCUAUAGAUAAUGUAGGGAUUUCUAAAAUAGCGAAGCCGUCGCGUAGCGAAGAGAGAGCGCUCGACAUAUUCGCGCGAACCGCGAAGCGAAUAGGCCACCAGUUCGAGGUAGGGCUGCCGUGGAAAGACGACGUAGUUGUCAUGCCGCCGAGCUACGAUAUGGCGCUCCGCAGGCUGCGAACGAUCGAACGAAAAAUGGACGCGUCGCCGGAAUUUAAACAAGAGUACAAAGCGCAGGUCCAGAACCUUUUAGACAAGGGGUAUGCGGAGCCGUGCCAGGGAAACGAAGCGGACAGCCCGAUCGGUUGGUACCUUCCGCAUUUCGCCGUGCGGAAUGUAAAUAAGCCGGGCAAAUUGCGCUUAGUACACGACGCCGCCGCCACUGUUAACGGCACUUGCUUGAACGACAAGCUCUUGGACGGUCCCGACUUGUUACGAUCGUUGCCGGGCGUAUUAUUCCGUUUUAGGGAACGCGACGUAGCCGUAUCGGCGGACAUACGCGAGAUGUUCAUGCGUAUUAAGAUACGCAAAGCCGAUCAGCCCGCCCAAAUGUUCCUAUGGAGAGGGGACGAUAGAACGAAUCCGCCCACUCGUUAUAAAAUGACUUCGAUGAUAUUCGGUGCUCGAAGUUCCCCGUUCCUGGCGCAUAGCGUUAGAAACUUGAACGCUAAGGAACACGCGCAAUUUUAUCCCGUAGCGUUCGACGCGAUCACAUCGAAUCAUUAUAUGGACGAUUGGGUGGACAGUUACGAGAACGAAGCUAAGGCCGUGCAAGCAGUCGCCGAAGUAGUAACGGUGCAAGCGAGGGCAGGAUUCCAGCUAGCGGGCUGGAACUCGAAUAGCGAGCUCGUGUUAGAACACGUACCGGUAGAAGCUAGGGCCCGCGCGGCCAAGGAAUUAGGCGGAAGCGACCCUCACGGAGCGGGGAAAACGUUAGGGCUGUUAUGGGAGGCCUCAAGUGACGAACUUCGCUUCAAUACGGCCAUGAAUAGGGUGCCGCGAGAGGUACGAUCGUUGAAAAGAGGACCUACUAAGCGCGAGGCCCUCAGCGCAGUCAUGUCAAUUUUCGACCCUCUAGGCUUACUUAGCUAUUAUACGAUCAGGGCGAAAAUAGUACUGCAAAACGUAUGGAGGUCCAACGUAGGUUGGGAUGACGUUUUACCCGAAACGGAGAAUCGCGAAUUUUUAGAUUGGCUACGUGAUAUGGACUCGGUAGCCGACUUACGGUUAGAUCGAAAGUACGGUUUUAACAAGGACACGACGAAUACGCAGUUACACGUGUUCAGCGACGCCAGUGAGUUAGCAUACGCGACGGCCGCGUACUGGCGUAUAACGUAUAGAAGUGGAGAGGUCAAUGUCACCCUCGCCGCGACGAAGGCCAAGGUGACCCCGAUUCGCGCGCCAAGUAUCCCACGUUUAGAACUACAAGCGAACCUUGUAGGCGCGCGUCUGGCAGAUUCCAUACUACGAGAACAUCGCGUACCCAUCGAUAGAGUGAUAUUCUGGUCGGAUUCGAAAACCGCACUUCAUUGGAUAAGGAACGAUAAGCCGCGUUAUACUCCUUACGUAGCGCACAGAUUGAGCGAUAUCUCCGAACUUACCCGUGUCGACCAAUGGAGAUGGGUGCCGACCGCGGAUAACGUAGCGGACGACGCGACGCGAAUAAGUACCGAUAUGAAAACUAGUCGCGAUAGAUGGUUCAUAGGGCCCGCGUUCUUGUACGAAUCGGAAGACAAAUGGCCAACGGAACGCGAGGAGUCUGUCGCGACUGAGGACGAGGUAGUCGUGUCGUACGCAAACGAGAAGGGCAGUUUCUAUCACUUGCCCGACAUAGGCCGAUUUUCUAGUUACGAAAGGCUCAUUAGGACCACGGCGCGAGUAUUGGCUUUCGUAGAUAUGUGCAGAAGACGCGCGAACCGCGUCGAGUUACGACACGUACAGGAGGCCAAACGUCUGUGGCUAUUGAAAUCGCAACACGACGAUUUCAACGAGGAAAUCGCGUGUCUUGCGCGUAAGAAACCGUUGCCGCGUAGCAGCAAGCUGUUUAAGUUAGACCCCGUGAUAGGAACGGACGGAAUCGUGCGCGUGAACGGUCGUAUAAAUGCAGCGCAAAUCGAACAGUCGGUCAAGUCACCCGCGGUUUUGGACGGACGGAACGCGUUCACUCGACUCUGUAUCGACAACAUACAUAGGCGUUCCGGACACGGCGGGCGCGAGCGCGUCGCGAACGACGUAAGACAGACGUACUAUGUGCUAAGAUUACGUUCAACCGUGCGUACGGUGUUACACGGAUGCACUUUCUGUCGUGUCAAGAAGGUUACGCCGUUCGUGCCGGCGUUCGGAGACUUACCCGCUGCGAGACUAGACGCGUAUAGCCCACCGUUUAGCAAUUGCGGAGUAGACUAUUUUGGACCGAUGAUAGUUACGAUAGGUAGACGCCACGAAAAACGCUGGGGCGCAUUAUUCACUUGUCUAACUACGCGCGCGGUGCAUUUAGAACUCGCCGCGUCAUUAACCACGGAUUCGGCAAUAAUGGCCUUGCGCAGAAUGGCCGCACGACGCGGCUGGCCGCGAGUUAUAUACAGCGAUAACGGGACGAACUUUAGAGGCGCUGAUGCCGAGCUACGGGCAGCUAUGAAGGAAUGGGAGCCCGAGCUCCGUGAAUUUGCAUUAACGCAGCGCGUGGACUGGCGAUAUAUCGACCCCGGCGCGCCGAACCAAGGGGGCGCGUGGGAACGAUUAGUGCGGUCGGUAAAAACUGCGCUAUCAGUCACCUUACACGAUAGAGCGCCGAAAGAGGAAGUUUUGUUAACCUUGCUCGCGGAAGCAGAAUAUACUAUAAACGCGCGUCCGCUUACCCACGUAUCGGCAGAUCCGGCCGAGCCCGAAGCGCUCACACCAAACCACUUCUUGCUUGGGCAACCGAACGUACUGCCCAUUAUCGGAACGUGUGAGAAUGCAGAUAGACGACAAUGGCGAGCGGCGCAAGCGUUAGCAGAUAGUUUCUGGCGCCGAUGGGUUAGGGAGUAUUUACCGCAACUCGUUCCGCGCGGGUCACCCUCCGAUUCAAACAGAAAUCUCACCGUCGGAGAUUUAGUCCUCAUAGUAGACUCUACGCUACCACGGAACGUAUGGCCGCGCGGGGAAGUAGUGAAAAUCUACCCGGGCCCCGACGGCACAGUUAGGAGCGUAGAAGUUAGGACACGGGGUGGCAUUUUUAGGCGUCCGGCGCGUAAGUUGGCCGUCCUCCCCAAGUAA